AUGAACCCGGCGUCAUAUCCUUCUUCCUACCCUCAAUAUCACACCUCUCCCCCUCCCAAUGCUUACCCUUACCACAUGCCCCCAUAUCCUUACCAGUAUGGCCAAUAUCCGCAGCCCGUCGUCGGCCAGCAUCCCGUCCAGCCAGUCGUAAUGUACCAACAGCCGCCGCCGCCGCCCCAGUCGGCAGAUCAGCCGUCUGCCUCGUCCUCUGGCAAGCGCAAGCGCAAACCGGAGCGCGGCGGCAAGGAUGAUGACACCGACGACGACGCUGCUCGCCCUGCCUCGGCCGUCGACAUGAAAAAACGCACCAAAACUGCCCGUGCUUGCGAUUCUUGUAGGAGUCGCAAAAUUCGCUGCGACGUCCUUGCCGACAGCGAGCCUAUUAUCUGUCAACACUGCAAACAAUACGGCUUCGAGUGUACCUUCUUCUUGCCUAUUACCGAGACGCGUUUCAAGAAGAAGAAACAAGCCGAAGACGAGCAUCACGACAAGGACAAGGCCGGCGCGUCUGCAGGCAAAGACAUCGCUGUCUUCGGUCCCACCUCUGUCAACCAUCUUCUUCAUUCUACAGCUACCGUGCCUCCAAGAUCAUACGAAUCAUACGAUCUUCGCUAUCAACACACAUUCGAAAUCAGUGAAUCAGGCGACAGGAUUAUUGUUCAGCAUAAGCCCCCCGCUCUCGACCCUCGGGGCGGGUCGCUCCCUGGCAAAGACACACAUAUUGAACCAGACCUUAUCCAGCAGCUUGUCAACGCGUAUUUCGAAUAUGUUGCACCACUGCUUCCCGUAGUGACGAAGAAAGAGUUUCUUGCUUCUUCGCCGCCACCGCCCAUCCUCCUCUAUUCCAUGUGUCUAGUCGCUGCUGCAAGGAGAGAGGUUCCUCAAGGCGUUUUCGAUUCGAUUCGAUACACCGUCAAUGCUCUAAUCAGAGCCGAUGAUGUUCUCUCUACCGCAUCAAUCAUCAACGUACAGAGUCUGCUCAUUUUGUGCAUGACUGGCGACUGUCACUCACAGUUUGUACCUAAUGCUCUCUCAGCAUUGUGGGUCCGCCUGGGAAGCGCGAUACGCAUGGCUCAGGAUCUCGGCCUACAUCGCGCAGAGACUGUUAUGCAAGACAUUGAACUGCGACGCAGACUCUGGGGUGCAUGUGUAAUUAGUGAUCGAUGGUUGUCUUUAACUUAUGGACAUCCAUACAUGAUUGACGUUCAAGAUUGCGACGCGCGAUUACCGAGUGGUGGCUCCGUGGGCGAUAUGUAUAUGGACGAGCUCGUCCGUCUCAGUAUUGUACUUGGACGGGUCCUCAAGACCAUAUACACUCCAAGUGGAUUGACUUUCACGACUGAUGAGAUGCUCGAGAAACUCUUGGCUGACAUCGAGGCGUGGAAAGCCAAUCUUCCAGAAGGCUUGAGGUUUAGGGGAGAAUCGAGUUCAUUAACUUCUGGUAUCCUUCACCUUCUAUACACAUGUGUCUGCAUGAUUUUCUGGCGAGUCUUCAUGCGGAUCUCGUAUUCCUGUCCGUCACAUCUCAAGUUUGGGUUGACUGUCGAACAAUGGAGUGCCCUCGUUGCUCUCACUGGAGAGUCUAUUGACUGGCUGGAUGCGAAUGAAGGCGUUUAUGACGUCUGGCUCCUCAUAGCGUAUGGUGCUACCAGCUGUGCGCUUGUACAGUACCAUACGUGGGCGAGAAGGAGAGAUGGGGAUGCAAUGGGAAAACUGAGGAAGCUUAGGGACUGUGUGAGGAGGUGGGAGGCUAGCCUGAGUCCUGAUCACAUGAGUACCAGGAGAAAGACCGCUGAAAUUAUUGGUCUCUUAUACGAAGCGACCCAAGGUGAUGAUGUUGCUGUUGCUGGUCCUCCAGUCCUCAAUCCAACGGGAGGAGUCACCGGCAAAAAAGCGCCCGAAGGACUUGACUACAAACCCGAUCCAUCUCGUCCCGGUGGUGGCGUGUUCGUCGCUAGGGACGGAUCGAAUCCUAUAGCUUCCCCAUCGGCGUCUUCGACUCAAAAUGGAAUGGAGAUGAGCUCAUUUGUAACCGCGUCUGCGCCUAGCGAUUUUGGAUCCUUAGGCAUCAACGUGAACCCUGCGAUGAAUUAUGUAUCCAAGGGAGGCUUGAACCAGGUAAUCAAUUCCUUGGAUAUGAGCGGAACUGUUCAAGAGAUGGCGUUGACUGAUACUGGACUACUCGAAGGAAUUCCAGGUGGGAUGUUCGAUUGGGGCCAGUGGGAUACAUUCUUUGCCAGACUCAAUGGCACUGGCGUGACCGUGGAUGCGCCGGUUGUCCCAGAACCCCCCAAGUGA